AUGUUCUUGACAGCUAGACCGCUUCCUUCUGCCUUCCAGCUCGUCCAACUUUCGCAGCUGUAUACAGGGUCCAGCCUCAUCGCCAGUAUCGGUCCACAGUGGGGAGAUAAGAGGUGGCCUGAGAUGCCCAUCACAAGCCGGGCGGUCCAGCUGCCUGCAUUGACGCGGCAGAGCUUCUCGUCAAUGCUCAAGUGCGGUCGCUCACGAGCAGCUGCGCUCCUGCCCCAAGGGGUUCAGUCGGGUCGAAGAUACUCUUCAAAGCCACCAGAGACUGAGAGUAUCAAUGCAUCAGGAGGAACGAACUCACCCUUUCGAGUAUACAGAUACGUGGUCGACGUCCACGGCCAGCUAUUCUUGCACGACACAAUACCGAAGAAUCUGACUAGCUGCUUCAAGAACACUGAGUUCCUCGACUUCUUCUUCAAGCGCAUACAUCCCAACCCGGCCUCAAUAACAGCGAACCCUGACUACGCUCACUCAGGCACCAUUUCACGCCAUGACAUCCUACGACCUGCACCCAACAGCCCUCUACCAGAAGACUGGAGCGACGUUACACCGUACAACGGCAUCAUCUCUUCAUCCGAAUCUAGCUCUCGCGAUGAGCUCUACGAAGAAGCAUGCAAACUAGGCAACAGCGAGGGAUACGAAUGGAUUUCGCCCUGUGGACCCGAACUCAACCUGCUCCGAAGUCAAGAUACACCCAUCGUCUAUCGUGAGCUCAGUGAAGAAGACGGGAUGCUGAAAUGGGCAGGAACAUUGACAGAGCCUUUCCAGCCAGAAAAACUGGUAGUGGAUUCGAGUAAUGGGUAUGUGUACCAUCCUUCUCCGCAGCCUUCACGGCGGAGACGGAAGGGAGCUGAGGGAACCGAGACGGGGAGUAAGUAUGGGAGUUUGAGUUUGUUAGGUUCGAACUUGGUGCUGAGCAGACUAGCCGAAGGUUUGGAGAUUGAUCCAUAUGCUUUUGAGAAAGGGUUAGGGGGUAGUAUUGAGUGGCAGGGCAGGCGGUAUAAUCUUGGCUUACUUGGUCGAACCUGA